AUGGCGACCACCAUCAUCAAUCCCCCGCGGGACCCCAACACUUUGGCCAAUUACAACAACUGGCGAACAGUGCACACCUCGACGGCACUCGACAUCUUGUUUGAUCAGCAGAAACUUCAGGGCAGCGUGACACACAGCCUUGAAUCCAUCACCGACGGAGAAAGUGACGAGAUCCUCCUCGACUCCAGCCACAUCCAGAUCCACAGCGUCAAGGCCGACGGCAAGCAGGUGAAAUGGGAGCUGAUGGACCGGCUGGAGCCGUACGGUAGUCCGCUGAAAAUCAAACUGGGCCGGACGGUCAAGUUGAACGAGAAGGUCGAGGUUCACAUCGAUCUCGAGACGACUGCUUUGUGUACCGCUCUGCAAUGGCUGACGCCGGCACAAACGUCCAACAAGAAACAUCCCUACAUGUUCUCGCAAUGCCAGGCCAUCCAUGCGCGCUCCAUUUUCCCCUGUCAAGAUACUCCUGACGUCAAAGCGACAUACGAUUUCACCAUCAAAUCUCCCUUGCCGGUCAUUGCGUCGGGCAUUGGUGCUGGAGAGAAUCCCACCGCUCCCUCGCCGGACGGUAGCUCUCAGAUUUAUAAGUUUCACCAAGGCGUGCCGAUUCCGUCGUACCUCUUCGCCCUAGCCAGUGGGGAUAUUGCAACGGCCAAGAUCGGCCCGCGAAGUGUGGUGGCCACAGGUCCGGAUGAGCUGCGCGCCUGCCAAUGGGAACUGGAGGCAGAUACGGAGAGAUAUCUGCAAGCCGCCGAGUCGUUGAUCUUUCCGUACGCCUGGGGCCAGUACAACGUGCUGGUCCUGCCGCCCUCAUUCCCUUACGGAGGCAUGGAGAAUCCCAUCUUCACCUUUGCCACGCCGACCGUCAUCUCCGGAGACAGACAGAACGUGGAUGUGAUUGCGCAUGAGUUGUCGCAUUCAUGGUCGGGCAAUCUGGUGUCGAACGCAUCUUGGGAGCACUUCUGGCUCAAUGAGGGCUGGACAACCUAUCUCGAACGACGGAUCCAGGCCGCCGUCCACGGCGGUGACCAGUGGCGUGACUUCAGCGCCAUCAUCGGAUGGAAAGCGCUGAGCGACUCGAUCGAGCAGUUCGGCGAACAGCACGAGUUCACCAAGCUGGUCAUCGACCUGAAGGGCAAGGAUCCGGACGACGCGUUCUCGAGCAUCCCGUACGAAAAGGGGUUCAACUUCCUCUAUUACAUUGAAAAGCUCAUCACCAAGCCCCAAUUCGACAAAUUUAUUCCGCACUACUUCGAGACGUGGCGAGGCAAGUCACUCGACAGCUACGAUUUCAAGACGACGCUGCUGGAUUUUUUCAAGGACGACGCAGAGGUGUCGGCCAAGCUGGCCGAGAUUGAUUGGGACGUUUGGUUCUACAAACCUGGGUUCCCGCCCCGGCCCAACUUCGACACCAGCCUGGUCGACGUCGCGUACCGACUCGCCGACCGGUGGGAGAAACUGACCAGUGCAAACGGCAAGGAGGUCGGUUGGGUUUCGGACUUUAGUCCAUCCCGGUCAGAUAUUGCCGGCUGGUCGGCUAACCAGGUCGUGGUGUUCCUCGAGCGCGUAUUGGCGUUUGACAAGCCCUUGCCGGCCGAGCACGCGAGUCGGAUGGGCGACGUCUAUGAUCUCAAGGAUACGCACAACGUCGAGGUCUCGAGUCGGUAUUACCAGAUCGCCAUGCGUAGUGGUGCCUCGGGCGUCAAGACCUUGGUGGCCAAGCUGCUGGGCGAGGUUGGACGCAUGAAGUUCGUUCGUCCGUUGUACCGUGGCCUCAUGAAGCUCGAUUACGAGUUGGCGGUGCAGACGUUUGAGAAGAAUAAGGAUUUCUAUCAUCCGAUCUGUCGGGGCUUGGUGGCUAAGGACUUGUUUGGGAGUAAAGAGGAGAGUAAGAAGGAAUAG